AUGUGUGUCCUGUGUUUCCCGAAAGCUCUUGCCCAUGUCUUUAAAGUCUAUUUUAAGGCCAGUUACAACUUUAAAUCCAAGAACUGGCCCAUCGAAUUCCAGUGGGAUGAGCCAGGCAACAGCAGCAGCGCCCACGGCUGUAUCCGAGGCUGCGGGUGCCAAGCGCUCGUAAAAGUAUCCCAAAUGGGCCAGCCGGCAUCAGCGUUCGCCGUUGGGCCAGGUGGAGACCAGGAUUCCUUCCGGCGCUUCUUCUGUGGCUUCAAACAGCUGCCUGGCCAACUGGCCAGCUAUAUCAUGGCUCAUUCGUUGGGUCGUUGGAUGAUCUACCCAGGCUCUAUAUUCCUCCUGAACCAGGCCCUGUUACCGAUGCUGGCGAAGGGCCAAGCUCGCCUUCUCGGGGAAUAUCACGGGAGACGUGCCAAGCUGGUCGCUCGAGACGGGAAUAAGAUUGACACCAUGUUUGUAGACAGGAGAACAAAGGUGACGGGCAAUGUGGAAAAUCGGGGGAAGCAGUUGGUGGUCUGCUGCGAAGGGAACGUCAGCUUCUAUGAAUGGGGCUGCCUUUCCACGCCUUUGCAGACCGGAUAUUCCGUGCUGGGGUGGAACCACCCUGGUUUUGGAGGGAGUACGGGCCAACCCUACCCACAGAAUGAUGCCAACGCUAUUGAUGUGGUGAUCCAGUACGCGACAAGCCGCCUGAACUUCAGGAUACAAGAUAUUAUUGUGUAUGGGUGGUCUCUGGGAGGCUACUCGGCCACCUGGGCCGCUAUGUCCUACCCGCUGCUGGGUUCCUUGGUCCUGGAUGCCACUUUUGACGAUUUGCUCCCUUUAGCCCUGAACGUGAUGCCCAAGAGCUGGAAGAACCUGGUGGUGCGAACAGUGAAGGACCACUUCAACCUCAACAUAGGCAAACAGCUGCGCAAGUACACGGGGCCUGUCUUGCUGAUCCGGAGAACUCAGGAUGAGGUCACAACCACCUGUCCAGAUCUCGAUGACCAGAUCACCAACCUCUGGUGCAACCGAGCGAACGAACUCCUUCUCCAGCUGCUGGAGCAUCGCUACCCAGACGUCAUGUCCCAAGCAGGGCUGGCAGCGGUCCAUUACUGGCUCAGAGCUGCCAACCCCAAACAGGAAGCUGCCGUCUGCCGAUAUUACAAGAUGAACGAGGAGUGGUGUCUCCAGGAGCUGCAGAAGUACAAGUCAAGUCAAGGGUCUGAAAUCCAUUUUCCUUGGAGGGUCGGGAAGUCUUUCGCCUCCAAAGACAAGAAGCAGAUGGCUGUGUUUUUAGCCAAGAAGCAUAUGAAAAAUGUAGAGGCCUCCCACUGGUCUCUCCUGAAACCCGAUGAUUUCCAGAUGCCCUGGAAGUUAUAG